AUGAUAGAUGUAGCAUGCACGUUAGAAUAUCUCCAUCAUGGGUGCUCGUUACCCGUGAUUCACUGUGAUCUGAAGCCUAGUAACGUCUUGCUGGACGAGGAUGUGGUUGCCCACCUAAGCGACUUUGGUAUUUCAAAACUGCUUGGUGAAGAUGAGACUGAUUUAUACACUAAAACCUUAGCAGCAUUUGGUUAUAUAGCACCGGAGUAUGGACUGGAUGGACUGGUGUAUAUAAAAUGUGAUGUCUAUAGUUACGAGAUUAUGUUGCUGGAAACAUUUACUAGGAGAAAGCCUAGUGAGUUUGAGGGAGAUCUUAGCUUGAAGUUGGGUGAGUUAUUCACUCCCAGACGCAGUAAUGGACGUUAUGGAUGA